AUGGCAGCAGCCAAUGCCUUUGGACCAAGGUUCACCAAGCUAGUCGAGAGGUGGCAAAGCGCUGUGAACAUCAUCCACAUUGGGAAAUUGACCCCGGCCCGUUGCCGUGAUGAAUCUUUUCCCAAGCAACCCUCCGCAUUCAAAAUGUCUUCACCGCUCUCUCUAGCGUCCCUCAAGAAAUUGACUGUACCACAGCUGAAAGCACUUUGUAAAGAACAGCAUAUCACUGGCUACUCAAAGUUACCCAAGGACGCAAUCAUUCAGAAACUGCUUGACCAUCAGAACCUAGGGACUACCUGCGAUGCAAUUUCUGGUGCUGUACCACCAAUAACAAACGGGAAACCCACGAAUAUCGCAUCAACAUCCCCUUGUGGAAAACCUCUUGAUACGUCUGCGAACAAUCCCUCUAUCGCCGCAAAGAAAGCUCCUCCAGUGAUAUCGGAAACUGCGACAAUCCCAAGCAACCAUAGUGAUGCGGAUAGGCUUCUAGCGUCGCCACCCUCAUUUCAGGCCGUGGCCCACGACACCCUGGCGCAGAUCUCCGUCUCUGAGGGACCUGCCGUUCAUUUCACUGACGCCGAUUCGGAUGGGCGCGGAAUCUCGGCGGCCACUUCGAAACGUCCUUUGAUUUUAUGUGAACCACCACUCCCUUCUAAGAAAGCCAAGAAUGCGUCCCCGCGCAUUUCAGUCGACCCUAUCUUCAAGGUCCCCGAUAUACCCCGGAAGCCUUCGAAUACCGUCAUCGCUGUAGUGGCUCCCCAGAGUUUGGCGCUCACAAGCUUCGUGGAAAGAAAUACUUCUGUCUCUGCUGCUCGUGUAUCCGGGAAGCGCUUCAAGCCAUUGUUAUUGAAAAAUCAACAAUCUGAAGUCGUCAAAGCGGCUUCAACUCGGACUCUUGAAACGGGCCAGCUCGAACCCAAGGGCCCGACCUCCUCAUCCGACUCAGUUAUUAACCAUCUGGAUUUUCCAAGACCAAAAUCUAUAAAGCUUUAUCCUGUUUCUCUUCCGCCUUCAGUGUCGCAACGGAGACGUGUCCCAACACUCUCACUGGCACUCUGUGCGAUUUCAAAGGGUGACCUCAAACUAUGUGCCCAAGUUUCGCGUCUCUUCCGGUAUUCUGCGUACAUGGCCGCUAAACAUCAGCUUUUGUUGUACUUUCCUGGACGACGACUGGACGCACUGAUCAAGCAACAUCCUGCAAGCAUGACCAACUUUUGGCCAUAUCUUCAUUCUCGCGAAGAGGAGGUUUUGGCGAGAAAGACAGCAUAUGGCGCCUCUUUCCUCGGAAAAGCUUUGGAAGAGGCCACCAUCACAGAUCGUCUAUGGUCUAGCCCUGACCAUGAUAAACAGAUCGUGAUUGCGAUCAGAUUCCUUAUGACACGAUUUUUCUUUUUCGUUUCCAUCGGGCAAGAGGACAGCCGCGACUCACCAGACAUCUGGGGAAUAAUUAUAGACGUACAAGAGGCUAUUCUGAACGAAAUAUGGACAAUCACAAUCCGUUCAUCGUCAUCCACAAGCGUGUUCUAUGUGCUGGAGUCUACCUGUGAAGUUAUUGGUCUUCCCCAAAUCCCGGAGGAAUCCAUUCGAACGUCGUUCGCUCCGACCCGACAUUCGAGCUCUCUUCGUGUUGACUGGUCAGCCUACAUUUCACAGCGUUUGGAAAACUCUGCGGAACCCCCCAAGACACUGCUCGAACAUUUACAAUGGACAAACCAUGAGGAAUACGACCGGGGAAUCAGUAAGCUGUGGUUGUCGAGAAUACGCAAUGAAGGACAACUAGGAAUUUCAAAAGAAGUUGUCGCCAGGCGUUAUACUUUUGCUUGCAUUGUCAGCAACAGCGUUAGCGGUUCAUGGCUGACUUUGACAGAGAUGGCGCAAGAGUUCAACGAUAUGCCAUCGCAACAUCCGCGGCAGCAGAAACACCAAAAAAUCAAUCUCUUCUUACCCGCGCAUCAUCAUGUAGAAAGCGUCCACUUUACGACAAGUGCCGGCAAAGCACUUCAUCCCGCUUUGGCCGUCGUUCAGACGCCUGGAAGAGAGUAUUACAUCUUGAAGGACAAUGGAAUGCAGGUUGGAUGCGAGGAGGAUGGGGUUGCGCCUGUGUGGAUGUCACUGCUAGGCUGUAACUCUCUUGGAGGUGUUUAA